AUGUUAGUUAUUGAUUCAGAAAAACGAAUGUCUGUUGAUGAAGCUCUUAAUCACCCAUAUAUUAAUGCUUGGUAUGAAGAUUCAGAAGUUAAUGCUAAUGCUUCUGGUCAAUAUAAUCAUUUAGUUGAUGAAAGAGAAUAUACUGUUGAACAAUGGAAAGAAUUUAUUUUUAAUGAAGUUAUUCAAUAUGAAUUAGAUCAAAUUAAUAAAUAUUCAAAUGGAGAUAAAUAA